AUGUAAAAAACAAAUAUAAAAUCUGUUACAGCUAGAAAUGAGUAAGCGAAAGCCAAACUUACAAAGUAUGAAUACAAUUGAAUCAUUAGAGAAUAAUUUCUGACUCUAGCAAAAAUGUGUUAGAGUUCUAGUACUCAAUAAUUGCUAAAUAAGAAAUUGCCAUCUUAAUAAAAACCUAUGUUAGCAAAUUAAUUGAAUAUCACUCCAAGAAAUAAUACUCCCAAAAGUUGUAGAACUGCAUAAGAAGUAUAAUCAUUAAUUUUAAGGAUAGAUGAAAUAUUUUCUAUAUCAAAAGAAUCUAGUUAAAGACUCAAUCAACAAACCUUAAAAUCAUUCUUAAUUGCUUCCUAAGACUAAGAACAGCUUACAUCGAAAUUUCUCUUAAUUGGAAAAAUCAUCAAAUAGCCAAUAAAAUAAUGGAUAAUCAACAGCACCAAAUACAGUAAAAAAAAAAUAUAAUUUGUUAUCAACUGAUUCAGCAAAUAAAUUAGACUAUCGUUUUUCUUCUGUUUAAUUUGCAUAACAAAUAGCUCAAUAAUUAAAGAAGAAAUUUGAACCAUAAUAACCAUAAUAAAAAAAAGAAAAUUUACAUGUGAGCUUAGAUGAUUUUGUGACUUAAAUAAAUAGACCCUAAUCUAUUAUUUCUCCAUUCAAAUAAACCAAAUCAUUAUCCCCUUCUACCAGAGUCAAUAUUGUUCCUUCUAAAAGUAUUUAUCAAUCUUUUAAAAUUUAGAAUCCCUUUAUUAUGUUUCAUCCUUAGUUUAAUCCUUUAGACAUAUUCUACCAUAAAAUUAAGAACAAUAAAUCUUUAGGGAUCAUGCUGUAUAAACAUUUAAUUGUGUUUCAUUUUGUGUAAAAUUACAAGAACCAACAAAAAUGAUUUUGGAAUAAAAACGAAUGGAAAUUCCAAUAAAAUCAAAUUAUAAAUGUAUAAUCAAUUCAAUACAUAUUUAGUCAAGAAAACUGUUGUAUUUGAUUUAGAUGAAACUCUUAUACAUUGUAAUGAAAAUCAAAAUCUUAAGGCAGAUGUCUAUUUACCAAUUACAUUUCCUUCUGGUGAUACAGCCUAAGCUGGUAUUAAUAUUCGUCCUUAUGCUAAAUGGAUCUUGUAAGAAUUGAGUCAACUUUGUGAAGUAAUAGUUUUCACUGCAUCUCAUUAAUGCUAUGCUAGUUAAGUGAUUAAAUAUUUGGAUCCCCAUACAACAUUUCUAUCUGGUUAAUUAUUUAGAGAUCGAUGUGUAUUGUCCUAAGAUGGUGUACAUAUCAAAGACUUGAGAGUUUUGAAUAGAGAUUUAAAGGAUAUAGUCUUGAUUGAUAAUGCAGCUUAUAGUUUUGGUGUACAUUUGGAAAAUGGAAUUCCUAUAAUUCCAUAUUAUGAUAAUAAGGAUGAUAAAGAAUUGAAAAUGUUGUAUGAUUUCCUGGUUGACCAGGUUUUACCUGCACCAGACUGUAGAAUAGUGUUAUAAUCAGUUUUUAGAUUGAGGGAGUAUUACAACUAUGGGGAACCAAAAUAAGCAAUAGAGAAAUUAUAUUGA